AUGCCGGCAGAGCCCCACACUGACGAGCUGCCUCGACGGACUGCAUACUUGGCCAAACUAGGACUACCACAAGUGACCCUCAGGGCAACCAUUGUUGGAUUACUAAUCGGGUCAGUGAUUUUAAUAUCAAAUUUUCAAUUCGGGUUGCAAACAGGCUGGGUGUCCAUGAUGUCCCUACCAGCGGCAUUGCUCGGAUUUGCUGCGUUUAAGCUAACGCCAUUGUCGCUGAGCUUUACCGAUGUGGAAAAUGUCUACAUACAGAGCAUUGCUGUGGCAGUGGGCACUGGCCCAUUAUGUUAUGGCUUUGUGGGUAUAAUUCCGGCAAUUGAAAAAUUCAUGACUGGAGAGGAGUCAGGAUUGGGACGACGUAUCGUUUUUUCGACAAAAGAGCUUAUUAUAUGGUCGAUGGGGUUGGGACUCUUUGGAGUAUUUUUUGCAAUCCCGUUGCGGAAACAGGUCAUUGUUAAAGAAAAGCUCCCCUUUCCUUCUGGAAGUGCCACAGCCACACUAAUCUCAGUAUUGCAUGGAACCGAGAUUUAUGAAAGUGAUAAUGAGGAGGAGGAGGAGGAGGAGGAGGAUGUCAACAAGAGUACAACUGGGCCACUUUUGCAACAACAAACAUCUACAAGUCAACUUAUCGACUCCACAGACUACAACUCCAACAUGAAGUCCUUGACGUACACCUUUCUCAUCUCGUCCACGUACACCAUUGUGUCCUUCUUCUUCCCAGUUUUGAAAAAAGUUCCCAUUUUUGGCACAUCUGCAUCGACGGAGUACUUGUGGGACUUUCAACCAUCGCCAGCAUACAUUGGUCAAGGGAUGAUUAUGGGUCUUCCUACAGUGUCGUACAUGCUUUUUGGUGCUGUAUUGGGGUGGGGAAUUUUGGCUCCGUUGUCAAGGUACAUGAAGUGGGCACCUGGUCCUAUUGAUGACUGGGUAACUGGUGGACAGGGUUGGAUACUUUGGAUCAGUUUGAGCAUCAUGGUUGCAGAUUCGUUGGUUUCUUUUAUUGUAUUGAGUGUGAAGUCGAUACACGAUUUUCUAAUCGACUACAAACACCGCCAAGAGUCGUACACCUUGGAAUUGCAGCAAUCGCUAUUGGAACUAGAUAGAGGAGAAAACGUUGGCAACAGAGCGACAUCCCAACGUCUCGAAAUCCCAAAACAGUUUCUCAUUUCCAAUAAGGUUGCGUUGAUUGGCACAUUGUUAUCCACCAUUUUGUGUGUGGUUACGAUGCGGAUCAUAUUUGGGAAGUUGAUCCCAAUUUACGCAUCACUAACUGCCAUCAUACUUGCCAUGUUGUUUAGUGUUCUUGCCACGAGGACUCUUGGUGUAUCCGACAUCAACCCAGUGAGUGGGAUCGGCAAACUAUCACAGCUUAUAUUUGCAUUCAUAAUCCCCUCCAACCAUCCAGCAAAGAUUCUCAUUAAUUUGAUUUCAGGUGGCGUUGCUGAAGCAGGGGCGCAACAGGCAGGGGAUCUCAUGCAAGAUCUCAAAACCGGACAUUUGAUAGGAGCUUCGCCGAAAGCGCAAUUUAUUGCUCAAAUCAUUGGCACAAUAUUCUCCGUGUUUCUCAGCUCCAUCAUGUACCAAGUAUACAUGUCAGUUUACACCAUCCCCAACGAAACAUUUCGGAUUCCAACGGCUGUUAUAUGGAUAGAUUGCUCACGUUUGGUCACUGGUGAAGGAUUACCUCCAAAAGCAAUGGAGUUUGCCAUCACAUUUGGAGUCAUUUUUGCGAUGAUUUCCCUUUUGAAGCACACCUUGCCGCAAACUUCAAAGUAUUACAAAUACUUGACAUACCUUCCUAAUGGGGUCGCAGUUGGGGUUGGGAUGUACAAUACACCAAACUUUACCCUUGCCAGAUUCAUUGGCGGAUUGAUAGCAUACAAUUGGCACCAUCUCAGCGAUAGAGGCAAGACGAGCAUGAUUAUAUUUAGCAGUGGAUUGGUGCUUGGAGAAGGGUUGUUUAGUGGAUUUACCAUGCUUCUUACAAGCUUGGGAGUCAAACAUUUCUAG